GAUGCUUCCAUCCAUAUACCCUUGUGCCUAUCCUCACGCGGCAGCCAGCCAUCCAGCGCACCUCCUGCAUCCCCCUGGCCCGGCCCCCCCUCUCCUCUCCUCCCCUCCUCCCCGGGUGUGUGAGCCAGGAUCACCGCUCCAAGCAGCGGAGCUCUUGGCGAAGAACCGCAGGGCGAACUGAGGCGAUGGAACCGCGAAAAGACUAACAGCGCCACGGGAAAGGGCGCACAGGCUCUGUGUUGUGCUGAAGAACGGAGAGACACAGUGAGGACAGAAGAAGCUAAAGGUUGCACAAGAGGCUGUUCGGCCCCCAUGUCUGCCCCUGCUCCAGCCAAUCGGAGGUCUGGGUUGGGCUCUCGCCGAUUCAACCCUCUGAAGGCGCUGCAGCCCAAACGCCGCUUGCAGCAAAUACUGGCGUCCUCGCCCGUCCCUGUGCCCAAGCCGGCGUCGGGGACGGCUGUGCCAGGGGCCACGGCACCGGUGGCAAUUCCUGUGCCAGCGCCCCCUGCGUUUGACUAUUGCAGGUUCAUUGAGCUAGACUACGUUCCCAUGGAGACAGGCUAUAUGGUCUCAAUGCGCCCGACUAAAGGCUAUGCAUCGACCAAGUCGCCGACUAAAGGAUGCGCUUCCACCAAGUCUCCAGACCGCCACAGCCGCUCAACAAACUCUCCCUCCACCCCUCGUUCUCGGCGGACACCAGCCGCGCCCAGUAACAGAGAUCCCUAUGGCAACGCCUCCAUCAGCAGUGGCAGCAACUCAGGCUCUUGUAAAGGCAGCGACUGCAGCCCCACCAAAGGACGUCAUCAGAAGUACACGUCAUGUACAGACAACCAUGGUAUCCGGCCCCCUCCACCAGAGCAGUAUCUCACACCCCUGCAACAGAAAGAGGUCUGUAUCCGACACCUGCGGGCCAGGCUAAAGGAAACAAUCAACACUCUGCAAGACAGGGACACAGAGAUAGAUGAGCUGAGAGGCCAGCUCUACAGGAUGCAGGAGGACUGGGUUGAAGAGGAAUGUCACCGUGUAGAGGCUCAGCUGGCCCUGAAGGAGGCACGUCAGGAGAUCCAGCAGCUCAAACAGGCUGUGGACACUGUUCGGGCCAGGCUCAGUGAUGCUGGGGGGCUCAGCGGGGACAUAGGGGUCCAGAAGUAUUUCCAGGACAUCAACACUCAGAAUCACAAGCUUGAGAACCUUUUGCUCAACAUGGAGAUAGCCCAGGCUGGAUUAGCCAAGGAGGGGGAAGCCAUACCAGGCUGCCGGAGCCGUGUUGGGGGUUCAGCACCAGCAUCAGUUUCAGGGGAAAGUCCAGGGGGAAUACCCAAACCAGCAGUAGGAGGGAGGGGUUCUUGCUCCUGUGAUGGUUCCCCAGCCCGUUCUCUGACCCGGAGCUCCACCUACACUAAGCUGAGUGAUCAGGCGCUGGUGGACCGGAAUGGUAAUGGUGCAGACUUUCCUUGUCUGUCUGGUGAUGGCACCCAGGACAGUGGCUUUGUGUGCUGUGGGGAGAGCAGUGUACCCAGCCGGGCCGACCUGCUGCUGGAGGCCGCCUUCCUCUCUGAGGAAACAGCAUCUUUACUCAACUCCUACACACAGACCUUUUCCCACUCUCUGCCCGGCACUCUGCCCCACUCUCUACCCAACUCUCUGCCCCACUCUCUGCCCCACUCUCUGCCCCACUCUCUGCCCCACUCUCUGCCUAACUCUCUACCCAACUCUCUGCCCCACUCUCUGCCUAACUCUCUGCCCCACUCUCUGCCUAACUCUCUGCCUCACACUUACUCCCAUACCUUACCUCAUUCUUUCCCCCACAAUUUGUCCCACUCAGUGCCCCACACUAUGCCACACUCCUCCACCUAUGAGAAGCUGUGCACAGGCGACCGACUGGCACCCUUUCGUUGCGGCCUGGGUGGAGUGGGCUGUAUGAGCCAUCCAUGCCUGUCCCACCACCACCUCUACCUUCACCCCUUGCGGGAAACAGGCAUUCAGACCGAAAGUUGCCCCAUCCCUGCAACAGCAGGUUACCCCUCUGAUCUGGAUACCAUUGCAGAGCAACGCACUUUCCGCUCCCAGGCCUGCAGCCCCACCUCCACCUGGAUGUCUGAUGAGGGAGAGGAAGAGCUGGACUCCGUCACCACCACAACUUCAGUAACCACAGCGACAGUCAUGAGUACAGCCACAGAGCCAAUUCCAGUCUCCAAAACGCCGCUGGUCCCUCCCCUACCACGAUCUGCUACUGUGGCAUGUUCCAUGGAAAGUUCUUUGUGUGAGGGGAAAGAGGGAGUGGAAGAAGAGGAAAAGCAGGAGAAAGAGAAGAGAGAGAAGGAAGCUGUCACAACGGAAAAGCUGGAGGAAACAACAGUGAUAAGACUGGCAGAAGAAGGGCAGCAGAUGCAGAUGGGCUCAAAUGAGUUGGACAUUCAGGGUGCAGUGGAGGAGGCAGAACCAGAAAAACUGUGCAAUUUAGCAGAGACAUCAGCAGGGACAGAUGGUGAGCUUACGUUUGGAGGAUGCUGUGGAGAAGGGAGACAGGUUGGGACAACACUUGAAAACCACCCUGCGGAAGACAGGCAACUAGAGGAUGGUCUAUCGGCAGGCUCAACCCCGGUAGAGGCAGCAGAUCCGAGGCCAAGUCGCCCAAGAUUAUCACCAGAAAUAGAGCAGCCUCACACCUCCCAGCCGAGAUCUAUUUCCCACGAAGAGAUAGCUGGUGUCACUGUAGUUGAGGUCCAUGAUGAGGAUGAUGAUGACGAUGAAACUGAAGAACAAGGCGCCACAGGAAGCGCUGCAGCAGAUGGGGGAGAUCCGUCUGGCUCUGGGACAAUUGAGAAAAGCUACUGGAGCCGUCACUUCCUGGUCGAUCUGCUAGCAGUGGCCAUCCCUGUUGUGCCAACAGUGGCGUGGCUCUGCCGUGGCCCAGUCCGUAGUGGACAGCCAAUGUACCAUAUAGGGUCGCUGCUGCGAGGCUGUUGCACUGUGGCGCUGCAUUCGCUGCGCAGAGGAGGUGGGUUGAGGCAUUACCCCGCAGGCGGGGGAGACCUGGGCGGAUCACUGAUAUGAGGGGAAUCUGUUCAGCACCUCUGUUCUGUUUGGUCCUGCUCCUUAUUGUCUCUCGCCCAUUGGUCCUUGCUGUUGCUACCAAGAUGUCUGCUAACAUUACUGACUUGUGCAAAACUGAAUGAGCUGAUUGAAAUGAAUGAUCUAUGCUUGGAUAUUUAACACACUGAUUGUUUUCUUUUAAAUGCAGGGGAAUGUUCAAGGUUCAUUGAUUUGUCAACUUACCAGUCUGACUCAAUUCUGACAUGUUCAAAUUAUCCUGUAUUGAUGAGCGUGUACAUGAAAUAUGGUAUGUGUAUGUAUGCUCAUUGACCAGUGACUGAGGGCAAAUCCACCCUCAUUCAGAAUUCGCAUGACUGGAGAACGUUUGGGCUUCUCUUUGAGUCUUUGACGUCUUCAAAACUGAAAAGAUGGAGCUUAUCUGCUAUCAACAACGCAGACACAGAACUCAGGUUCACUCUAAGGGUAGAAACACACCAAAACAGACUGCGUCAAGGCAGAACUAUAAGAAUUAUCAAUCAGUCGUGCUGUUAAGCCAAACACAGUGUACUGCAGCUCACAUUGUUGUUUCUGUUCAUGCCAGGCACGUUGUACAGAUUCAGCGUUUCUUUGUCUGAGCCCCCUGCAUUGGCACCCUAGCUCUGCAGCUGGAUUGGCCUCAUUCAAAUGAAUGAUGGUUUGCAUUUUUGCAAGGCUAAAGUCAGUCUGAACAACAUCUCACUGCCCAAACAAUCAACAUCAGUGUUAGAUGAUAGUUAGAAAUUUGUAUUUUAAUCGGUUUGAGCUGUUCCCACAUGGCUACUGUCAAAAGAUCUGUAAACUGAAGUGAACUAAAACAAAGCUGGAUCCAGCAGGCAAUGCCCAGCAACCAAGCCUAACUUCACACCCAAUCUGCCCAAUUCUAAACAAAAGAAAUAAUUGUAUUAAUAAGAUGUGAGGGAUUUGUUGCUUUUACACUGUGUCUGGUGUGUUUCUACUCUGAGAGUAUAUGAUUACAUCUCUAGAACCCAAACAAAGCUGAUGCAAAAACUCAAGAUCAGUGAAUCCUUUUAUCUUCUGUGUGCACAGCGUCCCUCUGGGUAUUGAUUCUGCAGUUAGCCACGGCAGACAUAUUUUCUACUCCUUCUCUAUUUCAACCAUUAAAGGAAUGGUCUGACAUUUUGGGCACAUGCUUAUAUGCUUUCUUGCAGAGUUUGAUGAGAAGAUCGAUGCCACUCUCAUGUCUUUACACUAAAUACGAAGCUACUGCGAGAAGGUGAUUAGCGUAGCUUAGCAUAAAGACUGGAAGCAGGGAAAAACAGCUAGCCUGGUUCUGUCCCAAAUUCACCUACUAGCACCUCUAAAGCUUACGAAUUAAAUUAAAUCUUGUUUAAAUUGUACGCAACCAAAGUGUAAGACUCAUUGUGUUUUUUUGCAGGAAGCUACGUACUGGAACUCUUUCUUCCCUCAUAGGACCAGUGUGUAGAAUUUAGUGGCAUCUAGCAGUGUAGUUGCAGAUUGCAGCUCCUUCGCUUCACCUUCCCCUUGUAAAUAAUGCGAAUGCCCCUAUUUAGAGCCAGGGUUUGGUUUGUCCCUUCUGGGCUACUGUGGAAACAUGGUGGACUCCAUGGAAGGCAGGUCUGUAGAUAUAAACAGCUAACUAUAGCUAAAAUAAAAUUUUUCUCUACUAUUUUCAAUUUCUGCCAAUAGAUCCUCCUAAAUGUUACACACUGGACCUUUAACAACAGCUCUCAGCCACUUUGUUUGUGUUGUCUCUUUUUUUAACAUAUUUUCAUCACAGCCUUUGUUCUUUGGUUUCAGGCUACAAGAGAGAGUAAUAAGACAACAUGGACAUAGGGGUGUCGCAAUAUACUAUUGUUAAAGAUAAUUGUAAUAUUUAAAACUGAAAUAUUCAUAUUGUGUUAACACAUAUAAUAUUGUGUAAAUAAUCCAGUGCUGAUAGCAUUAUUUGUUUAUUUUCUUGAAUUUUCUAUAGAUAUCGCGAUAAUAUCGUAAAUUGUUUUGGCCACGAUAAUCGUGUAGUAAAAAUCUGAAAUCAUGACAGCCCUACGUGGAUAUUAUGUCUUAGGGUGGACUCCUAUACUCACGGUUGGUUAUUGUACCCCUAAACCUUUGUUGGAAGCAACCUCAGCUGAAACUCAAUUUGGGUUAUUUCAUUUCACAUAACACACAUAGGAAAUCCGUUCAUAAAAUCUAAUAGUGAAGUCAUGAUCAAACACUUGUUUGUAGAUACUCACUGGCUCAGUUUGACACUUUGAUGCAGAUCUGAAUGAAGUGAGUUGUGCUCAGUCUGUGCUCUGUGCUGUAUAUUUCUGCUAACUUAAUGUUCUUGUGGUGUAGUUUAAUUGUCACUCUGGUAGUGUGUAUUUCAAGUCCACUGUACAAGAGUUAGUCAGUCACUGCAAAAAAAAGUUAACUUUCUUUUUAUUCUGCAAAGCAUUUCUUGUAAUUGCAUUAUGGAUCAGGAUUGUUUGAAUGUGCUUUUCCAGAGGACUUUGAUGAAAGUGGCAUCUGAUGGCAAUUUAUUCUGUUUGCUGAUGUUUAACUUAUAAAUAAUAAGGGCAAAUAAGCAGCCUGCAACUGUAAAAUCAAAAUACGUCUUGACUUUCAGAGACUCGCGAGCCAAACGUGGAUCGAGAAACACCCCGACACAACCAGCAGAAAUAGUCUGACACCAACUGAAUUGUUCAGUUCUUUGGUGAAGAGAUAAGCAGCAUGAAUCUUUUUGUUCUUACUAUUUGUUUGACAUAUUUUGCACUAUUGUUCACUUUAUGAAUUUUAAGCAAUUACUUGAAGUCGAGAUUGUAUGUGUAUCCAAAGGGUUGUAUGUCCACUGAGUUCUGACUGAUUGGGGUGUUUGCCCUUCCUAAAUCCCGCCCUUUUUUGCUUUGUGCUCCAAUAACAGUUGAGCAAGCCUCUGUCACAACCUCGGUCAACUUCCUCCUUUCCUGUACUGAGAUAUGCUAUGUGCUAGGCUAAUCUACGUUGAAAAGACAAACACAUUUUGAAGAUGGUUAAAAGAUAAAAGAGAGACAUAUAUAUAUAUAAUAUCACAUCUUAAGUUAGCUAAUGUUAGCAAAAAUGGGCGGGACUUAGGAAGGCUCAAUUUAGUUUGACAUUUAGAGUGUUUAAGUGAAACAGGUGACAUGUAACUAAGAUAAUGCAGACAUUUCAGGUAGAUACUUAAAAAUACUACUACAAUAUAUUUAAUAAUUUCUGUGAAUACUGUAAAGCAGCUGCCUUUCAUCCAUGAUAAGAGCUAUUGAUCUCAGCUCUUUACAUUUUGACCACAAUGUGUAUCUACAGGCCAUACAAAAUAAUGGACUUUUAAGUCUAAUGCUGUUGUAAAAAAAAGACACACUGGUAAAGAAUGAGCCGUGUUUAUGCUUCAAAUUAUAUAACUGUCAGACGUCAGUGACAAUCAUGACAAUCCCUGUCUGUGUUUGGGUUUCACUUCAUCGAUCUGAGGGAUCCACAGCGGCGGCACCGGCGGCCAUUAUCAAUGCAUUAAGAGCUGUGAAAAGACUGAGUGAAUGCCUUGGAGACACACGGUCUCUUCUCCGCUUACUUUGCCACAUUUGCUCAUUUUCCUUGUUCUCAUGAGUUGUGUGCACUAGCUAUGUUUCCAUUUCCUGGAACUGUGUGAACUGCUUGACAUGAAGUGGAUUAGGAGGCUAAAACAAUUUCAUGUUUUACAAAAAGCCAUAUAAUCCUGUGGGGGAACAGGUGUGAGAAUGUCGGAGGCAGCCUCCUCCUCUCUAUAUUAUUGUAUUGUGAAAAAAAAUCUCUUAAUAAUGAAAGUCAUGUGAGUGAUAACUGCUGUUUGUCAGCACAAUACUUUGAUUUCAGUCAUUCAGACUCUCAUGCUGUCGUUAAACACAGGCUGCUGCUGUAACAGAUACAGGGUGACAGAGGAAAGAAAGGCCAGAUUUAGUGAACUUGUGAUGUAUAAAGAGGUCCAGGCUUGUUGUGGGUAGCAACAAUCAUCUCAGCCCCUUCAUCUAUCUAUGCACAACACUCUACACUAUAGCUGCAUUAUGUUUUCAUGUAUGUGUGUUUCUGAUAAUUCUAUUACUAAACUGUAGUGCAUUGUUGUUAUAGGUAGUAUUGUUAUACGGAGCUCCCCCAAAGUCCUGAAAGAUGAUUUUUUAAAUUUUGUGUGCGUUGGAUCUUGUGCACAUUAUCUUGUCAGAAGUUUUUAUCUUGGUUGCUAAUAAGAUAAAAACUUGUCACAAUUUGACAUCUUGUGCUCACAAGUUUUUAUUAUGUUCUUCUACGCAAAUAACAUUAUUCUGUAUUCUGUAAGUUAUGUAUCUAAUGUAUCGCUCAUAGUUACCAUUUAAUAUAUUGUGCUCACAAGUUAUUGUCUUGGAAGAAGAUUUAAUGUUGUGUGCACUCGAUCAGUUAAUUCCCAACCACUGUAACACCUGAACUUGUUACAUUACUAGCAAGCAAAGAAUUGAAUAAAUGAUAGCUAAUUUCCAUCUCACUGUAUUUCAACUAUUUAUCCAUAACUUCUAUUAGUAAUGCUUAAAUGGUUAAAUGUGCUACAAGGAAUUUUCAACUGGUUAUGAAACUGUCUCAAUUUAAUACUGAUGCCUCUAUAUGAGCUACAUAAACAAACAAGACCAUCCAAAACAAGAUAUUAGCUAUUUCUAUAUAGUUACUUUUAUUGCAUGACACCGGGUCCGAUUCCCAUUUAAAUCAAUAAAACAAGGUGGUAGAAACACUACUGCUAUUAUCCACAGGGGGCGCCAGAAUCAAAACAAAAUUAAAUUUUCUUAUAGGGGCUUUAAAUAGACAGGUAAAAUGUAUUGAUAUGGUUGAAAUUGUCUAACUUAACGUAAUGGAUAGUUGAAAUAGUGAGCUAAAAGUAUUAAAUGCCAAGUUGUUCAAAUAAUAAUCUGUGCACAAUGUGAAAGAAUGAAGAUAAGUUCUCAGAAGCUGACAAAAUUAAAAAGAAAAUGUCAGGACUUUGGGGCCUCUGUACUCAAUAGCUUUUUGUCCUUUGCUUUGAUGUAUGUUGGUGUUUCUAACAGGCCUGUAUUACACCUUUAUGUCUUCACUUACUAGUUCUAAAGAGGUUUGGUGAACAUAAUGACAUCCUUGUCAUUUUGUCUCCUACACUUUUCCAGUUCUAUGGGUAACAAAAUGCCCUUGUUUGAGUCAGUCCAGUACUCUCCCGUGUUCAAUGCUUCAGUUCCAGCAGUGGCUGGAGACUCAUCAGGGUGUGAUUGAUUCAUUCAUUAAAAGUUCAAUCUGACUCUGCUCCCAUCAGUCUUUACCAUACUGCACUUUAUCAAAACCCAUUCCGAGAUUAUCGCAAAGCCAAGGAGGCCAUUAUCCCGAGAGUGUCCUACUCUGCAAGAACGUCGUCGUGCCUCACAGUGACCCGGUUUUCUAUUUCUGUCCCAUAAUACACCUAAACUUCCUGCUGUAGUGUACGGUUGUGCCAGUGUACAGUAUGUGGGUGGAGGGGGGUGACUGAUUAUAUACUACGUAUAUCCUUAGACACAUAAUGCUGAAUAUUUCUGGGGAAGACAGGAGGAGGUGGGGGGUGUUUUGCUUUUUUUUUUGGUCAGCAUUUGAAUGUGUAUUGUCAUUAUAUGCUUUAUUCCUUGUCUGAUUGUCUGAGUAUGUGUUUCAUGGCCUAUGUAAUGAUAAUUGAUGUAUACAGAGGUUAUACCAAGUCCUUCAACAUCCUACAAUUGAGGACAUUUAAUGCCUUGUAUAGGAAUUCAUCUGACAUCAUAGAUAUCUACAGAUAACGUCAUGUAAAUUAACUAUUUUAAUGGCAAUAGUAGUGUGUACAGUAAAAUACAUCAGUAGGCUACUUCUCCAUUCACUCUCCCACCACACUGUAUAAAGAAAGACCAAAAGCCCCUAUAUUAAACAGCAUGGAGGAAACGUC